AUGGAGCGAUUUAUUGAUAUUGUUCAUGUUCGUGAAACUACUACUUUAUCUCUAAAGAAUGGAAUUAUUGGUUUACUUGCUCAACAUUCUUUAAGUCCAUCUUCCAUAUGGGGACAAUAUUAUGACGGAGCAAGCAAUAUGCAAGGUGAUAUAAAUGGGCUUAAAAUCUUGAUGCAAAAAGAAAGUAAAGGUGUCCAUUCUAUUCAUUGUUUUGCUCAUCAGCUUCAACUAACUCUUGUUGCAGUGUCUAAAAGAUGUGAUGAAGUGCAAGAACUUUUGUUGGUUGUUUCCGAUAUCUUAAAUAUGGUGGGAUCUUCUUUCAAGCGUAGAGAUGAACUUCGCGAAUCUCAAGCGGAAGAAAUUGAAGAAGCAUUACGUAAAGGUGAGCUUGAAACUGGUAGGGGCUUAAAUCAAGAAUUAGGUCUUGCUAGAGCUGGUGACACUCGAUGGGAAAAGUGUAAGGCAAAGAGAUACCUCAAAGCAUGUUUAACAUUUGAGAUUGUCUUCAUGUUGCAUUUUAUGCGCACUAUUUUAGCAAUCACAAAUGAGCUUAAUGUUGCCUUUCAAAAGAAGGAGCAAGAUAUUGCAAAUGCUAUGAUACUUGUUAGAGUGGCAAAAGAUCGAUUGCAGCUUCUAAGAGAGAAAGGUUGGGCUUCACUUAUUGAUGAGGUAUCUAAGUUUUGUAUCAAAUACGACAUAUUGAUACCUAACUUUGAUGAACCUUAUGUUAUCCUUGGAAGAUCACGUCGUAGAGUUGCAGAGUACAAUUUUUUUCAUCACUACCAUGUUGUAGUAUUCUGUAAAACUAUUGAUUGGCAAUUUCAAGAACUCAAUAACCGCUUUGAUGAGGUGACAACUGAAUUGCUUCUUGGAGUUGCUUGCUUGAACCCAGUUAACUCUUUUUCAAGUUUUGACAUUGAAAAGAUAUUGAGAUUAGCGAAGCUAUAUCCUGAUGACUUUGAUAAAUAUUCUAUAGUUGACCUUCAUUUUCAGUUUGAGAAUUACAUUGUUGAUGUCAGAGAUCAUGACAAAAGGUUUUUCGAUCUUAAGGGACUUGGUGAUCUUUCUAAGAAACUAGUAGAGACAAAGAAGCAUGGGACUUAUCCUCUUGUAUUCCGGCUAGUGAAAUUUGCUUUACUUUUGCCAGUUGCUACGGCUACGGUUGAAAGAGCUUUCUCAGCAAUGAAGUUGAUUAAGACUGACUUGCGUAAUCGAAUGGAUGAUGAGCUUUUGAGUGGUUGUUUGGUGCCUUAUAUAGAAAAAGAAGUAUUUAGUAAUAUUUCUAAUGAGGCUAUUAUGGAUACAUUUCAAAACAUGAAAACUAGUCGAGGAGAAUUAUAG